GAGAAUAAUGUCGAACACUUCCCUAUUAGAAACCUGGAAGGCUAAUUAUGACUAUUUGUUUAUUGAACUCCGAGAUCCAAGGGUGGAUGAUUGGUUUUUAAUGUCCUCAGUUUGGCCCACUGUUGCUGCCUGCUGCCUGUAUUACUAUGUGAUCAAAAUUGCCGGGCCAAGGUUUAUGAAAGACAGACCUCCGUAUGAUAUUCAGAAUAUCAUGAUUAUUUACAACUUCUGUCAAACCCUUCUCUCAGCCUGGAUAUUUUCUAAGGCUUGCAAAUUCUGGGUAACAGGCAAGUACAAUUGGCUGUGUCAGCCAGUGGAUUAUAGUGAAUCAGAGGAUGGGUAUGCAGCCCUGGAUAUGACCUGGUGGUAUUUCUUCAGCAAGUACAUCGAUUACCUGGACUCCAUCUUCUUCGUGUUGAGGAAGAAGUUCUCCCAUCUCUCCAUGCUUCAUGUCGUUCAUCAUGGUAUCAUGCCCUUCACCGCCUGGUGGGGGAUCAAAUAUGUUGGUGGCGGACACACAACAUUCUGUGGAUUUCUAAACAUGGGUGUACAUGUAAUCAUGUACUUCUACUAUUUUCUCUCAGCAUUCGGACCUAAAGUACAAAAGUAUCUCUGGUGGAAAAGGUACCUGACUACCCUUCAACUGGUUCAGUUCGUUUCCUUCUUCCUUCACGCUACCUUCCCUCUGUUUAUCGAAUGUGAUUUCCCAAAAAUCUUCAGUUACGUCAUUCUCUUCCACGGCGGUAUGUUCUUCCUCCUCUUCCUUCACUUUUACAUUCAGGCCUACACGAAGAAGGGAGAUAAGAAGAAAGAUGUAAAAGCAAACGGAAGCAGAAAACAAGAUUAAUGACAACAAAAAAUUUACACCUAGAAAUUUUUAAAUGACUCAUUUUGUUAUUUUUAUGUUUUCAAUGCAGUUCACUAGUUAGGCAUGCACAGUGCACACUAAUGCUAUGAGAAAAAAAGACAUUUAACCAAGGAGUGUUGACACAUGUAAGGGAGGGAAAGCUAUGGAAUUCUCUGGGUUACUAAAUAUACGCUGUGAAUGUAGAGAAUAUCUAAUCAAGGAUAAGGACUAAGGAACGCCAAAAACUAGGUUGCCACCACCUAGCGGACGGUCCAAGAAUUAUAAUUUCUUUUCUGAACGCUACUUGCACUUUGACGCCGACACUGACAGUCCAUUUCUUGGUUAAGCUACUCUGUUAAUAAGUCUAUCUGUAACAAUAUGAGAAAUUUUAAACCAAAGUCCAAAAGUGUUCACGGUUUUCUAUAUAAAAAUACUCAUUUCUAACUUUCCAAGUUAAAGCUUGUUUUGAAAAAUAAUAUAAUAUUUUCGUCCAAGGGUCAAGUUUUUUCUCCUUUAUCUGUCAACAGACCUUGUCUUAACUAAAAAUCUAAUAAUAGUUCAAUUUGUUAAAGUAUUUCAACUAUCCUUGGUAUGUAAAAGUGCUAUUAAUGAUUUAAAAUAGAUCUUAGAAAUAAA